AGGAAAUAGUACUUAUCCCCUCAAACAUAUAAAUAGCGGAAGCCUCCCUUUGUUUGUUCAUCCCCUUCAUCCCGUCUAUUCCUCAUCUUUGUUCAAGGACUUUUGAACGCGAUUGCUCUCUACGCCGCUGAAAACAAUCGUAACUUAUAAUUCUGAUCCUGCAAUAAUCACUCUCAAAUCAGAAGACCUUGAUCGUUAAUACAUUCCUAGUUGCAAAUGCAAUGUUGUAUAUAAGAAGGGAAACCCGUGCUUGAUGGACUGCUCACACAGUAGCAGUGACAAGAAAACAUUAAAGCGGUGGUUUUUUAUAGAUAAGAGAGUAGGUUAAGCUAAAAUCUAGGAUAAGUUGCACAUAAAUAAUCCCUCUUCUCAUGACAUAGUCACUCAUAAUAUCAGACCUAUCAUUUAUUACCUUUAUUGAAACUUGCCUCUCAAAUAGUCUAGCUAGCUAGGUUUAAUGGAUUUGAAGUCUUCUCAUGCUUCUCCCUUACUUACUGAUCCUGUUCCUAUCAACAAGUCACGGCUUGGAAUCCAUCCUAAUCAGCUAGCUUACUCUCAUCAAGAUUCAUCAAUGUCUUCCGGGAAGUUCACAAAAUCCAGCUCAAAGAAAAGUAUAGGGAGUCUUGAUGAUGUCAGGUCCAAUGGUUGGCUUGAUGCUAUGAAGGCUUCUUCCCCUCCUAGGAAGAAGUCACCUAAAGGUUCAAGUACUCAAGUUUCCGCAAUUGACAAUGACAUUGAAGACUAUAAUUCAUGGAUGUUGGGUUAUCCUUCAGCAAUAGAUUCUUUUGAGGAAAUUGUUGAUCGUGCUAAGGAUAAGACAAUUGCAAUGUUUCUUGACUAUGAUGGCACACUGUCACCAAUUGUAGAUGAUCCAGAUUGUGCCUUUAUGUCUGAAUAUAUGCGCAAAACUGUAAGAAGAGUAGCAAAGCAUUUCCCUACCGCAAUCAUAAGUGGGAGAAGUCGUGAUAAGGUGUUUGAUUUAGUUAAACUAACAGAACUCUACUAUGCUGGUAGUCAUGGGAUGGACAUUAUUGGCCCUGUUAGUGAGACUUUGUCAAAAAACCAUCAAAGUUGUGUCAAGUCUACUGACCUUCAGGGAAAAGAGAUAACUCUUUUUCAACCUGCAAGAGAAUUCAUUCCUAUGAUUGAUGAGGUUUUUAGAACCCUCAUUGAUCUUACAAAAGACAUAGAAGGCGCCAAAGUUGAAAAUCACAAGUUUUGUGUUUCUGUACAUUAUCGUAAUGUAGAAGAGAAUAAUUGGACAACGAUUGGUCAGCGGGUCCAUGAUAUGCUAAAAAAUUACCCUCGUUUACGCUCAACUCAUGGACGGAAGGUUUUAGAAGUUCGUCCAGUGAUCGACUGGAAUAAAGGAAAAGCUGUUGAAUUUUUACUUGAAUCUUUAGGGCUAACUGAUAGGAAUCAUGUGCUUCCCAUCUACAUUGGAGAUGAUAAAACCGAUGAAGAUGCAUUCAAGGUGCUUAGGGAGAGCAAUCAAGGUUAUGGGAUUUUGGUAUCAUCUGUGAGGAAAGAAAGCAAUGCCUUUUACUCUCUCCGAGACCCCACUGAGGUGAUGAAGUUUCUCCAACUCUUGGUCAAUUGGAAGAAACAACAAGAAAGGAAGCGUGGAAAAAAAUAAACCUGUAUACAUAUAUAUAAUUUAGUACAUAUUAGGUUUUGAUUUAAAAUGUGAUUAGAUCAGCAUUUUGUUUUAAUACCAAUAAGUUAUUAUGAAUGAAAAUUUUUAGAUAUUGUGGAU